AUGCUUUUCCAAGGUCUCUCCGUCGCCCUCCUGGCCCAGUUCGCCUUCGCGACUAGGCCCUUCCUCAACGAGCCCGACACUGGCAUCGCCGAUGUCCUGGCCGACCUCCAGCCGGGCGAGCUCCCCAACAUCACUUCGGUCGUUGGCCUCCCUGACUUCGACUACAUUGCUCGCAACUACAUGAACCUGUCGAGCUACACCUACUACCGCAACGGCGCUGCCGGCGAGUGGUCGUACCGCAACAACCUCGAGGCCUACGGCCGCGUGCGCUUCAGGCCGCGUGUCCUGGUCGACAUCACCAAGAUCGAGCAGACUCUGCCCACCACCCUGCUCGGACACAACGUGUCGGCGCCCUUCUUCAUCAGCCCCUGCGCCAAGGCCGGCUACGCCCACGAGGACGGCGAGGUCAACUUCGUCAAGGCCGCCGCCGCCGAGAACAUUCUGUACAUCGUCUCGGACUUCUCCAGCAAGAGCAAGGCCGAGAUCCAGGCGGCCAAGAAGGCCGGCCAGCUGCUGUUCCAGCAGACGUACGUUCAGGACAGCCUGGACGCCGUGCGCGAGCAGCUGCAGACUGCCGAGAAGGCGGGUUUCGCCGGUAUCGUGCUGACCGUCGACUCGGCUGCCGAUGGCAACAGGCACCGUGCCGCCCGCUUUGGCGUCGGCUCGGCUGAUGCCUCGUACACCUACUUCACCUGGGACUACUUUCAGCAGCUGCGCAACAUGACCAAGCUGCCCAUCAUCCCCAAGGGCAUCAUGAGCGUCGAGGAUGCCCAGAAGGCCGUCGAGCUCGGCGCCCCGGCCAUCUACCUGUCCAACCACGGCGGUCGCCAGCUCGACGGCAGCCCCUCGCCGCUCGAGGUCGCCCUUGAGAUCUACGAGACCGCCCCCGAGGUCUUCAAGAAGACUGAGGUCUUCGCUGACGGUGGUGUGCGCUACGGUGCCGAUGCCAUCAAGCUGCUCGCUCUUGGUGUCAAGGCUGUCGGUCUCGGCCGUCCCUUCAUGUACUCGAACGUCUACGGUGAGGAGGGUGUCACCAAGGCCAUCGACCUCUUCAAGCACGAGCUCGCUAUUGAUGCCGGCAACCUUGGUGUUCCCGACCUGAAGAAGAUUGAUACCCGCUACGUCAGCUACAAGUUCGACAACUGGUACAGCUAG